AGAACAGAGACAGAAACAGGGACAAACACACCUGCAGUCACACUCUCAUUAGGACAACCUCAGAGGCACCAUGAAACACACUAUCCUGGUCUGCAUAGUGCUGCUGGUCGCAGUGUCUGAGAUCGCAGCGUUUUUCCCGGAAUCACCGCCCCGUUGGCCUUUAUGCACGAAGGAUGCUGAGAAAGGAACAUGUCCUACCAACUGGGAACCUGUGUGCGGGACUGACAAAGUAACUUAUAAGAAUACUUGUGAACUCUGUCGUGCCAACCUGCGGAGAAAAUCUCAAAUCCCAGUCGCGUCCCCUGGGAAGUGUUGGUCCUAAAAUGGAAAGUAAACUGUCCGCAACAGUUCAACUGAUUUCUCCUACAUUGUUUUAUGGAUGGGAACGUAACGACUGUCGUGCAACACUUGCCCUACCUGCUUGCUCAUCUGCUUGGGGUCCAUGGGGAAGAAUCUAGAAGGCUCACUGCAUACUCUGUAAUCUGGAGACUACUGCUUAUUCAUAAUCUGUACCCUGCCGCUUGAGUGUAUUCUGUACACCGCAUCAAUAAAGUAAUUCAGCAUUCA